AUGUCGAUACUACAAAAAAUUCAGGACAUCGAAGAUGAGAUGGCCCGUACACAAAAGAAUAAGGCAACCAAUGCUCACUUGGGUAUGCUCAAAGCGAAGUUGGCCAAAUUGCGUCAAGAACUUAUCACCCCCAAAGGAGGUGGCGGCGGUGGAGGUGAAGGUUUCGACGUCGCAAAAACUGGUGACGCUCGCGUUGGUUUCGUUGGUUUCCCAUCAGUGGGAAAAUCGACGCUGUUAUCGAAUUUGGCUGGUGUCUACUCAGAAGUGGCAGCAUAUGAGUUUACAACGUUAACAACAGUGCCUGGAGUGAUCCGAUACAAGGGAGCAAAGAUUCAACUCUUGGAUUUACCGGGAAUUAUCGAAGGAGCAAAAGAUGGCAAAGGUCGUGGAAAGCAAGUUAUUGCUGGUAUGUUUUCCGCCUUUCGUUUACUGUGA